AUGGGAGGAGGAAAGCAAGCUAAUACGUCCAUGACAACACCAAAUGCUGCAGUUUUGAAUGGUGAAGGGUCAUUCGCGCUGGUUGAGGCAGAACCAGAUGCAGUACCUAUCAACUGCGCACCUAUUGUGUCCUCCUACAAUGACAAAAUCCGUCCCCUACUUGACGCGGUGGACAAACUCCGUAACUUGAUGAUAAUGGAUGAAGGCAUUCAGCUCCCAACAAUUGUGGUGGUUGGGGACCAGUCAUCUGGAAAGUCUAGUGUCCUUGAAUCUUUGGCCGGCAUCAGCCUCCCUCGGGGUCAAGGCAUCUGCACAAGGGUACCCCUUAUAAUGAGGCUGCAGCACCACUCAAGUCCUGAGCCAGAGCUUUCCUUGGAGUACAGCGGCAGAACUGAUCGUACCGAUGAAGACAACGUGACUGAUGAUAUUGUUAGAGCCACUAAUUCUAUUGCAGGGGGAGGUAAGGGAAUUUCUAACACCCCAUUGACUCUGUUGGUGAAAAAGAAGGGUGUUCCUGAUUUGACUAUGGUGGAUUUGCCUGGUAUUACUAGAGUGCCUAUUCAUGGGCAGCCUGAAAAUAUUUAUGAUCAAAUCAAAGAUAUGAUCAUGGAAUAUAUAAAGCCAGAAGAGAGUAUCAUUCUGAAUGUGUUGUCUGCCAGUGUCGAUUUUGCCACCUGUGAAUCGAUUAGGAUGUCGCAGAGUGUCGAUAAGACUGGUGAAAGGACGCUGGCUGUGGUUACAAAAGUUGAUAAGGCACCUGAGGGACUGCUCGAGAAGGUCACGGGAGAUGAUGUCAACAUCGGACUUGGUUAUGUCUGUGUGAGGAACCGCAUUGGAGAUGAAACAUAUGAGGAGGCACGGGCCAUUGCUCAUGAACUAUUUCAGAGUCAUCCUCUUCUGUCGAAGAUCGACAAAUCCAUUGUCGGUAUUCCAGUUUUGGCGCAAAAGUUGGUGCAAAUUCAAGCUAACAGCAUAGCAAGAAACUUGCCGGAAAUUGUGAAGAAGAUUAAUGAAAAGCUGAAUUACUGCCUUUCUGAACUGAAUAAAAUGCCAAAGAAUCUUUCCUCUGUUGCUGAGGCCAUGACAGCUUUCAUGCAGAUCAUUGGUUUGGCCAAAGAAUCUCUAAGGAAGAUUCUUCUGAGAGGAGAAUUUGAAGAGUACUCUGAAGACAGACACAUGCAUUGCACUGCUAGAUUGGUUGAAAUGCUCAAUCAGUACUCAGAUGCACUUCACAAUUGUGUUGAAAGCGACCCGAAGAAACACUUCUUGAUAGAAGAGAUCAAGGCAUUGGAGGAAGUGAAAGGUAUAGCACUUCCGAAUUUUCUUCCUCGCAAUGCUUUUCUUACUAUCUUGCAGGGAAAAGUGAGCGGAAUUUCGUGCAUACCAAUUGGGUUUGUGGAGCAGGUUUGGACUUACAUUGAGGAAGUGGUUAUUUCUGUGUUGAUGAGGCAUUCGGAUAAUUAUUAUCAGCUUCAACUAUGUGCGAGGCGAGCUGGACACAAUCUGAUGGCCAAGAUGAAAGAAAGGUCGAUUAAGUGGAUGACGGAAAUUGUGGAUAUGGAGAAGCUUACGGAUUAUACAUGUGAUCCUGAGUAUGUUGCUGAAUGGAAUAGGCUCAUGGCUCACCAGAAGACCUUCAUAGAUGGGGUCUUAGAUAACAGCCCUUCUACUUCUACUAUAACUAUAGAAGGUAUUGGGGAGGUAGAAGUUGAAGCUCUGAGGCAGUACCCUCUUAUGUUACCUCAAGCUUUUGAUCUGAAAAUGAGGAUGGCUGCUUAUUGGAAGGUUGUUAUGAGGAGGUUUGUUGAUUUUAUGGCGUUGCAUAUGCAGCUGUCUAUUUCCAACCUGGUGAACAAGGAGAUGGAAGCUGAGAUUGUGAAUGAGCUGAUGGGACCUUACGGUGGCGGGAUUGAGAGGAUGCUGGAGGAGUCACCGGCUGUAGCGGUGAAGCGUACAAACCUGAAUAAGAGCAUCAGAAAGCUGAGGGAUUCUAAGGAGGUUGUGGCUAAGAUUAUUGACAGCAUCGUUACCUAUGGUCAUUGA